AAGAAACUAAAGUGGAAAGAGGAAUCCCAAUGAAGGGUGAGGGCAGAAGAGAAUAACUGAAAAUGACAGAACUUCCUAUGAGUCUAUGUUGUUCGUCUUUGAACUUGUGUCACUCUGCCUGCUUCUCCUGAAGGAUCCUGUAUAAAUAAAUGAACGAGGGAAAUGUGGACUCCCAGGGACAGACGCAUCAGAGGAAGUUCAACAUGACAAGAACUGAACAACAAGCAGGGGAAUUAGCCACACCUGAACUGUCUGCAAGCUUGUGACAAAGUGAAAACAAGCGAAAAGCAAACAAAGCCAAAUGGCUACAUCUGAGAACUGCCAUCUAGUGAACAAAGACAAUGGUAUGAAUUAACAGGAAAGCUGUCUCAUGUAUGAUGCUGGAGGCAACCUACAACCACACACCAAUCACCCAUGAUACCUUCUUCCUUGUGGGUAUCCCAGGCUUGCCAUCUUCACACGUCUGGCUGGCUGUCUCACUGACCGCCAUGUAUACCAUAGUGCUGUUAGGAAACACCCUCAUCCUGACUGUGAUCUGGAGGGACUCCACCCUCCGAGAGCCCAUGUACUGCUUCCUGUGUGUUCUAGCUUCUGUGGACAUUGCUAUGGCCUCCUCUGUAGUGCCCAAGAUGGUGGGCAUCUUCUGCUCAGGAGACAGCUCCAUCGGCUUCAAGGCCUGUCUCACUCAGAUGUACUUUGUCCAUGCAGCCACAGCGGUGGAGACAGGCCUCCUGCUGGCCAUGGCUUUUGACCGCUAUGUAGCCAUCUGCAAGCCCCUACACUACCAGACAAUUCUCACACCUCAAGUGAUGCUGGGAAUGUGUGUGGCCAUCACCGUCAGAGCUGUCCUGUUCAUGACUCCACUGAGCUGGAUGGUGAGUCAACUCCCUUUCUGUGACUCCAAUGUGAUUCUCCAUUCCUACUGUGAACACAUAGCUGUGGCCAAGCUGGCAUGCGCUGACCCCAUGCCCAGUAGUCUCUACAGCCUGAUUGGUUCUUCCAUUAUUGUGGGCUCAGAUGUGGCCUUCAUUGCUGCUUCCUACAGCCUGAUUCUCCAGGCCGUGUUUAGACUUUCCUCAAAGAAUGCUCAGUUGAAAGCACUAAGCACAUGUGGCUCCCAUGUGGGGGUUAUGGCUCUGUAUUACCUGCCUGGGAUGGCAUCCAUCUAUGUGGCCUGGCUAGGGAAGGACACUGUACCUCUGCAUACCCAAGUGCUGUUAGCUGACUUGUACCUGGUCAUCCCACCUACAUUAAACCCCAUCAUCUAUGGCUUGAGGACCAGACAAAUACGGGAGCGAGCAUGGAGUUUACUGACACGCUGCCUCUUCCACCACUCCAACUUUGAUUUGUGAACUCAAAAAGUCUACUCAGACACUGACCAUCCUGCCAUCUCUACAGAUGCCUUAUAUAUCUCUGUUGCUGGAUAAUUCACCAUAGGAGUUAUGAGAUAAAGCUGUAAAGGGUAGUCUUGCAUGAUUUUUAAAUUUCUAACAAGAAUGUGAAUGGAAGAUUAAUAUUGGUUUAAUUAACCAGUAGCUCUGAAUCGCAGAUAAUUUGGAGCAGAGAAUAUAGGCUUGCAUUUGUUCUUUCCUUAGUGUUUCACCUAUACUCUUGUCUUAUCAGACUCUGUUCAGGAGAAACCAAGUAUCUGGUUAACGUACAUGGCUGUCCUCUCCCUAAAUAUACACAUACAUAGAAAUUCUGAGAUCUCUUCACCUCCUCAUGUAGUUACAUGAGAGUAGUUGUUAACAUAUGACCCUACUUCUUAGCCCACUGAUGAACCCAUUCAACUUGGGCUCACAUACUCACACCUGGAACAGAGCCCUUCUCCAGUCAAGAUGGAUUCCAGUUUGAGGACAC